AAUAAAUAAAUUAAAGACGCUUCUCAGGGCCAAAGGCUAUUUUACAAAUUGGGACCAUAAAGAUUGUCUGGGCAAUAGUAAUUUUGGUUCUCCCAUUUUCUGAGUGCACCUCACUACAUUUACAGAUCUCUCCUGUUUUGGUCUUAGAAAUUUCAGCUCUCUCUCGAUCCUCGUCGUCUCCUUCAUCUCUGGGGUCAAACCCUAGCCUCUGGCAAUGGCUUCACCCUCCGACGAAUCGGAAUUGCAGAACGGAGGAGGCGAAGCAGCACCUGAAUCAGUGCCAGAACCAAAAGUGGGGGUAAAUACCGAGGCAGAAGCCAAGGUCGAUGGAGAUCCCGAGCAGACCGUGAUCCAAUCGAAUGACGCCGACAAUACACCGUCCGCCGAACAAUCUGCAAAACCGGAGCUGCAAAAAGACGAAGGAAGCCAAACAUUCACGAUGAGAGAACUGUUGAGUGAAUUGAAGGAUGGUGAAGGAAACUCUGCUGCCCGAGAGGGCGAGACGCAUGAUGCGAGUCAUCAUUACAGUUCAGAAAGCACACAACAGCAACAUCAUAUCGACCAUAAUGAUCCUGCCAUGGACUUGAUCAAUAGUGUCACAGGUGUUGAUGAGGAGGGCAGGUCUCGCCAACGAAUUCUUGCAUUUGCUGCCAGAAGGUAUGCUAGUGCAAUAGAGAGAAAUUCGGAAGACUAUGAUGCACUUUACAAUUGGGCGUUGGUUCUCCAGGAAAGUGCAGAUAAUGUGGGUCCUGAUUCUAGUUCACCUUCUAAAGAUGCAUUGCUUGAGGAGGCUUGUAAAAAAUAUGAUGAGGCCACCCGUCUUUGCCCCACACUUCAUGAUGCUUUUUAUAAUUGGGCUAUAGCAAUAUCUGAUCGGGCAAAAAUGCGGGGUCGUACUAAGGAGGCUGAAGAAUUAUGGAAGCAGGCAACUAGAAACUAUGAAAAAGCUGUUCAACUCAAUUGGAACAGUCCCCAGGCACUAAACAAUUGGGGACUUGCUCUCCAGGAACUCAGUGCUAUUGUUCCUGUGCGAGAAAAGCAGACGAUUGUAAGAACAGCAAUUAGCAAGUUCCGAGCAGCAAUACAGUUGCAAUUUGAUUUCCAUAGAGCAAUUUACAACCUUGGUACUGUUCUGUACGGAUUAGCAGAGGAUACAUUAAGGGCUGGGGCGAUAGUAGAUAAAGAAGUUUCCCCUAAUGAGUUGUAUAGCCAAUCUGCUAUCUACAUUGCAGCUGCUCAUGCAUUGAAACCAAAUUACUCAGUUUAUCGUAGUGCCUUAAGACUUGUGCGAUCCAUGCUCCCAUUGCCCUAUCUCAAGGUUGGAUAUCUCGCUGCACCACCUGCGGGGAAUCCAGUUGCACCUCAUGGUGACUGGAAACGUACACAGUUUGUUUUGAACCAUGAAGGGCUUCAACAGCUCAACAAGGUUGAGCAAAAACAGACACCGCAAACUCUUUCUGGCAGGUCAGGAGAUGCAGUUCAUAUUGAUAAAGCAGCCAUCAAAGUCGAUGUUCCAGAUAUUGUUUCUGUAUCAGCAUGUGCUGAUCUGACUUUACCAGCAGGUGCAGGCCUCUGCAUUGAUACAAUUCAUGGACCAGUUUUCUUGGUUGCUGAUUCAUGGGAAUCCUUGGAUGGAUGGUUUGAUGCAAUUCGUUUAGUUUACACAAUUUUUGCUCGAGGUAAAAGCGAUGUGUUGGCAGGUAUUAUAACUGGCUGACAUUUUCUCUUCUCAUGUGUAUUGCCAAUGGCAAUAGUUUUGUGGAGAUAGAUUUCGGGUUUAUGAAUUCAGAUUUGGUUGUUCAAAUAAAAUUAGUGUAUAUUAUGAAUUUUGGUUUUAUAACGUCAUGUAAUUUGAAAUGUGCUUCAGUCGGUAUGGUGGUAUUUAGACCAUUUCCCAUCA